AAAAACUGGGACUCAAGUCAAUCCUCACGCUGGUCCAAGAGCAAAUACCAGAUGCGAAUCAAAAGUUUAUGGCAGACAACCACAUUACGCUGUAUCAGUUUGGCGUUCCCGGAAACAAGGAGCCUUUUGUAGACAUUCCAGAAGACAAGAUGCAGCAAGCUCUGACCGUAUUGCUGGAUACUCGCUGUCAUCCUAUUCUUAUCCAUUGCAACAAGGGCAAGCAUCGAACGGGGUGUCUUGUUGGAUGCCUCCGGAAGAUGCAACGAUGGAGUCAUACGAGCAUCUGCGACGAGUACCGGCGGUUUUCCCAUCCAAAGUCGCGCACCCUAGAUCAGCAAUUCAUCGAGCUGUUUGAUGUUGGUAGUGUUGUCUAUAGUCAUCGAUAUCGUCCCGACUGGAUAUAGUUGUGUGCUGCAAGGUCUGCGUGUCACCAAGUUUGCGCAUUUCGUUCAACAUCAACGCACCUUUUUGUUCUCGCUGACUCCAUUCGAGACACAAUCCAACCAAACUCCUUUUUUUUUGUUUUCUGUGCUGCUACGCACUGGAUCUCAGCAUCUAUCC